AUGGAGCCUGCCCUUUGGGCAAAGAUUGACGAGAUCCGAGUCUUCGCCAGAAUGACACCGCAGGGAAAGGCCAAGAUCAUCGAAGAGCUGCAGAAACAGUCAAGGCACGUACUCAUGUGUGGAGACGGCGGCAACGAUGUGGGAGCACUUAAGCAGGCAGACGCUGGUUUGGCACUGCUGGCUGGCUAUGGCAACGUCAAUACUGCAGACACCAAUGACAUCGACAGUCUGUCUGAUGCAAAUGCCGUGGUUUGCGACAAGAAGGCCGAGGAAGCCUUAAAUAAACAAGAUGCGGAAAUUGCCAAACGAAACAGACGAGCUGCCAAGGACAGGCAAGCCUUCUUGUGGGAGAAACAGAAGGAGCUUUCGAAUCACCAAAAGGAGUGGCUCGAAGAGGAGAUGCAGGCGCGUGCAAAAAACGGUGAUACUGGCGUUCUCGCGCAGAUGGGAGCGAUGAAGUCAUCCAUGGGACGAUACACGGAAGAGCUGAAGAAGGUCAUGAAGGAAUAUGACAAGUCUCACGGCAACGUUUACGAUCCGACUGAGAAGGAGAAACAGAAGCAAAGUCCUACUGCUGCUUUGGAGGAAGCUUCCGGCGGACUGCCUAUGGUCAGGCCUGGAGAUGCCUCCAUUGCCGCGCCAUUCACUUCCAAGGCGCCUUCCGUCAAGAACUGUGUCGAUUUAAUUCGACAAGGUCGCUGCACCCUGCUCUCAGCCCUCCAGCAGCAGCAAAUCAUGAUGUUGAACUGCAUUAUCAAUGCCUACGUGCUCUCGGCGCUCUCCUUAGAAGGCUCUCGCACCUCGGAGAGGCAGUUGAUGGCCUCGUCUUGGCUGCUGACGACAGCAUCUCUUGCGUUCACCUACGCUUCACCAUGUGAUCGUAUGCAUCCUGUCCGUCCUCUUCGGUCACUUUUUCAUCCAGCCGUCUUCUUCUCCAUGCUUGGACAGGCUGCGAUACAUCUCUUUUGCAUGGUCGCCGCCGUAAAAAUGGCAAGGGCAGCAAUGGAGGAAGACUCACCCGAAAGACAAGCAGGCUGGUCUGGGCCGUCGCUGAAGGAUGUAUCAGAGUUCUGGAAGAGGGAGAGAGCCAGACGGCGUGGUUUGAUUGAGCAGGAGGAAGAGGAGGACUGGACCACGUAUGCUUUGAAUAUGUGGCAGCAGCCGUUCUUGCCAAACCUGAUGAAUACCGUGGUGUUUUUGGUCGAGACAGCGCAGACCGUCGCCAUCCUCUUUGUGAACUACAAGGGCCAGCCAUGGAUGAAAGGAGUCAUGGAGAACCGCGCUUUGUUUCUCUCAGUGGUAGUCGUUGCUGGAAGCGUAGCUGCAGCAGCGUGGGAGUUCCAGCCGCAGCUGAAUGCCUUGAUUCACUUGUCGCCUUUUCCGAAUGACCAGUUCCGUUGGCAAGUCAUGGGCCUGGUUGGCAUGACGCUGGCGGGCACCUUCAUUUGGGACAGGUUUUGUGUUUAUCUGUUCGCAAGCGAGAUCUUCAAGGCCAUGGUGGACUCUGCCAAGAAGACAACUUUUAGAGCUGACAUUGUGCCAAUCUUCUUCACGAUCUUGAAGGUCAUGGCCUGCUUCCUGGUCCUCGGUACCGGCAACUUGCUCAUGGCUGGCUUGGCCUUCUGGAUGUAUCGCCGCCAUUCGCAGGAAGCUGAUGAAUAA